AUGAUGCACAUAUCACCAGGCCUUGCGGCUCUGGGAGCUUUGUUGAUCUAUGGCCUGUAUCGACUUUUGUCGAUAGGAAGACGACCCAAAGGAUAUCCGCCUGGCCCGCCUACAAUUCCAAUCCUGGGCAACAUCCAUCUGAUGCCAACCAAAGACGCACACCUGCAAUUUGAGAAAUGGGCACAAGAGUAUGGCGAUAUAUACAGCUUGAUGUUGGGCACGAAGACUCUGAUUGUGCUCUCGAGCGACGAAGCUGUCAAGGAACUGCYCGACAAGAGAAGUAGCAACUUUUCUGAUCGUCCUGAGCUGUACAUCGGCAUGGAGCUUUGCUCCGGCAACCUUCGGGUGCUUAUGAUGCAUUACGGCGCCAAAUGGCGUAGCAUGCGCAAGAUGUUUCACCUGCUCUUGAACCAGAAUGUUGCCAACGAAUACGUUCCCUAUCAGAUACUGGAAAACAAGCAAAUGUUGAAUGACUUGCUGGACACGCCUGACAAGUUCUUGGAGCACAUCCGGCGAUACAGCAAUGCACUCACCACGUCUAUGGUCUUUGGCUGGCGGACACCUACAUACGAGGAUGAGAACAUCAAGCAACUCUUCGAUGGCUUCUCUGAAUUUGCUGUGAUCAACCAGACUGGAACUGCUGCCUYGAUAGACUUCUUCCCAUGGCUAAGGAAGCUGCCGGAUGCUUUGAUACCAACGAAGGCGAAGGCCAGAGAGCUCCACAACGUCGAACGAGAGCUGUACCUUAAGCACUGGCUGAGAGCAAAACAGGAGAUCAAAGAUGGAACCAUCAACCGUUGCUUUUGCGUCGGUAUGGCGGAAUCACAGACGAAAGAUGGCUUCAGUGAUGCACAAGCUGCCUACGUGAGCGGGACCCUGCUCGAAGCUGGGUCGGACACCACGUCAAGCACCCUUUACGCAUUUGUCCAGGCUAUGCUUCUCUACCCUACCGUGCAACGCCACGCCCAAGAAAUGAUCGAUAACGUGGUGGGRACUUCGCGCUUACCUACGAUGGAUGACAUGCCAAACAUACCCAUUGUUCGCAUGUUGAUGAAAGAGACUCUUCGCUGGAUGCCUACGACCAUUCUUGGUGCGGUCCCACACGCCGCCACCAACGCUGAUACCUACAAAGGCUUCAUCAUACCUGCUGGCGCGGGAGUAAUGAACAAUGUUUGGACAAUCAACCACCACCCUAACAGAGCACCCAACGGUCGAAAGUUCGAUCCCACUCGUUACAAAGAUGAUCAUCUCGGUCUAUACGAUUCCGCUUCCAAUCCAGACGGCGCCAAGCGUGACAUGUUCACAUUCGGUGCCGGACGACGCAUCUGUCCAGGAAUGCACGUCGCCGAACGUAGCUUGCUUCUAGGAAUCGCACGAAUGCUGUGGGCAUUCAACAUCGAGCCUGUCGUGGACGCAAAGGGCAACCAGAUAAUCCCAAAUCCCGAUGAGCUGACGCAAGGUUUCGUAUGCAUGCCAGUUGAAUUUCCAGCGAAGAUUACGCCACGAUCAAAGGAACGAGCAGAGGUCAUUAGGAGGGAAUGGCAAGUUGCUGAGAAGGAUUUGCUGGAUCCAGUAACGAAGCAAUGGAUUUCCACGCCGUUGUGA